GCGUGUGUGUAAGCCGAAGCCGGCAAAACACCAUUGCUAAGGGAACUGAAGCGCUAGAGGAUGAAAGACAGCGUAGAUUUGUGGCAGGUAGCAACUAUGUUGCUGUUGCUAUACACAUAGCAGAAAACUUUUGUUAGUAUCCGGCAACACUGCACAUUGUUGUUGUUUACACAAAAAACAUACAUACAUACAUACAUAUAUAAAAAUAAAAUAAAAUAAUUACAUAUGUUUACAUAAAAAUAAAAUACAAGGCAGGUAUGUGCAUAAGUGAAGAACUAAGUAAAACAGGCAAAGCAAGUGUGAUGAUAAAUUAGAUGCGAGGGAUCAAGCGCGGAGUACAAAGCGAAUGCUUGAUGUGUGGAAAGUGGAAAGCAGGAGGACGCAGAAAGAAACUACCCCCGUGAUUAUGGUUGUAUUGUAGCUUGUCGUAUAACUCAAAACAUCGACUACCUCCCGAUAUGGACCAGACAGAUUCCAAAGAGGAAUAUAGCAGUCGUUGUUAGAGGGGCAUCCGGUGCAUACUUUGGCUAUACUUUAACUCCAGCUGGAAUACGCAUGCAAAAUAAUUUUUAACUAACAGCCACAAAUUGCAAAUAACUGCAUCGGUAGUGGAAAUUUUUUCUCUAAUUUUUGGCGUAAAUAAAUUCAGCGGAUCGAACUCUCACCCAGAUGUCCUUAUUUCGGCAAUUUUUUGGUUCUACCUCAAACUCAUGGAUACGCGCGCUCAUCAUCUUCGUACUCACCUGGGCGCUGCUCGUUUACGUUUUUGUCAAUAAGCUGAGUGCGCAACCGAAUUCGGACGCGGAUACGAUAACAGCGAAACGCAUCAAUCAGGCGCUGCAGCUGCUCGAAUACUCGAAGCAACGCAAUGAGGAGCUGCGUCAGAUGAUCGAGAAGUUGUCGAGUGACCAAAUCGACAAGCAGUCGGCGCAGCGUCUCAUCGAAAAGCUCGAAUUCAAUUUGCAAAACUCCAUAAACAUACAGAACCAAGAUGCCGCAUUGGCUGACUUCAUGGGCGCCGGCGACGGUGACGGCGUUGAUGCGGACACUUUCGGCGGCAUGCCGGCUCCAAAUGCGGGCGCUCAACGAGCUGCUGGCAGCGCGCACGAGCCCAGCCUGGAGUACGAGCUGCUACGUCGCCGUAUACAGUCGAACAUAGGUGAGAUUUGGAACUACUUUAGCAGUGAGUUGGGUAAGCUGCGCAAGCGCGCCGCGCCAACGCAGGCCGAAUUAACGCAGGACAUCAAUGAAGUGCUGCAACUGGGCGCCGAACACAAGCGCUCACUGUUGAGUGACAUGGAGCGCCUGCGGGAGGUGGAUGGUUACGAGGCGUGGCGUCAGCAAGAGGCGCGCGAUUUGAGUGAUUUGAUGCAGCGGCGGCUGCACUACCUGCAAAAUCCGAAGGAUUGUGCCAACGCGCGCAAGCUGGUGUGCAAACUGAAUAAGGGCUGCGGCUACGGCUGCCAGUUGCACCAUGUCGUCUACUGCUUCAUAGUGGCCUACGCGACGGAGCGCACAAUGAUCUUGAAGUCGCGGGGCUGGCGCUACCAUAAAGGCGGCUGGGAGGAGGUUUUCCUGCCGGUGUCCGAGACUUGCCUGGAGGCGGACGCCGCGCACGCCAGCAACUGGCCUGGGCGGCAUGAUAUGCCGGUGCUGGUGUUGCCGAUCAUUGACUCGCUAAUGCCGCGUCCGCCCUUCCUGCCGCUAGCUAUACCUGAGGACUUGGCGCCGCGACUUAAGCGUCUGCACGGCGAUCCGAUUGUGUGGUGGAUCGGACAGUUUUUGAAGUACUUGCUGCGUCCGCAAAGAGGCACGCUGGAGUUCCUCGAUGCAGGUCGUGCGAAAUUGGGUUGGAAGAAGCCCAUUGUCGGCGUUCACGUGCGUCGCACCGACAAAGUUGGCACCGAAGCGGCUUUCCAUCGCAUAGAGGAGUACAUGACACACGUCGAGGACUACUUCCUAACCUUGGAGAUGAACGCCACUACAGUGCCGCGACGCAUAUUCCUCGCUUCCGAUGACGCGCGCGUCAUCGAGGAGGCACGCAACAAGUAUCCCCAGUACGAGAUCAUAGGCGACCCGGAGGUGGCACGCAUGGCCGCCGUCUCGACGCGCUACACCGAUACCGCGCUCAACGGCAUCAUACUCGACAUACAUCUGCUCUCUCUCUCCGACUACCUGGUGUGCACGUUUAGCUCGCAGGUCUGCCGCAUGGCCUACGAAAUAAUGCAAACGCUGUACCCGGAUGCGGCGCAUCGCUUCAAAUCGCUAGACGAUAUCUACUACUACGGUGGGCAGAAUUCGCACAAUCGACAAGUGGCCAUAGGCCAUCCGGCGCGCAAUCACGACGAGAUCCACAUGAAGCCAGGCGACCUGGUGGCCGUGGCCGGCAACCAUUGGGACGGUUAUUCGAAGGGCAAGAAUACGCGCACAAAUCAAGUGGGACUCUUCCCCUCGUUCAAGGUGGUUGACAAGGUGGAAACCGUCAAGUUGCCACUGUACGAGCAGGUGCAGGAGGGGCGGGUGUGAACGCGAGCGGAGCGCGUUGCGCGCACAAUGCUCUGAGCUGAGUUGUGCGACACUAGCGCGUUAAGAAAAUAUUUAUCAUGCAGUUAGGCAUUUUGUAUGUAUGAUUUUUUUUGUUUUUAAUUUAGGUUUGUAAAAAUUAUUAUUUUAGUGCUGUGCAAUACUACUCUGCUAGAUGCUAGAUUUUAGUCAAUAACUAUAGACGCAACAUGAAAAUUACGUAUAAUAUAUUUUUAUAUAAUUUUUUGCGCGGCGAUUUUGAUUUUUCACUCUUUCGACCGCUAGAGCUGCACAAAACCG